AAGACAUCAAGCGAACUUUCAUGAUGAUUUGCAUGACCGGGACCAAACAGCGGCCACCCAACGAAAAUGCCUUUAUUGGCUCCUCAACGUUAUUACAUCUUCGAAUAGAGUACUCCCUAUUGGUUCCAGCGUUGUGCAAUCCAAAGAAACGGGUGUCUGUAAAAGCGGCGGCAGGGUAUUGGCAGUCCAAUCUCUUCAGGAAGAGCGCAUGAGCUCCGUCUAAACCUCCUAAGAUCCAACCUGUGUUAAAUACCACGUGGACAGUUCCAGUUGCCCACUUCCUUCGAGACUUAAUCAAUAUGGAGAAGCAAAGCGAGACCAACAGUCCAUACAAGGACAAGACCAUCCCAGCCAUCCUCAAGCUGAUGAAAGCCAAGGACGACACGACACGCCUGGUAGGCCUCGGUGCACUCCGGUCGCUCCUGGACAACGAACCCGAAUUACAACGAGACAACAAAACCCUCGCUUUUCUAUGGGACGCAGUGUCUCACAAGUUUCUUGAUCGUCUCUUGCGAACCAAAGAUCCCUACAGCAGAGAUAUCGCUGUGAAUGUCAUUCGCGCAUUUGCCCAGUUGCUUCCCAAUCCAAAGCCGGAUAGCCUCCUGAGACGACUUCCGAACUUGGUCCAAGCUAUGGUUCCGAGCUCGGAGGAAUCCAUGACCGCCAUUCUCCAGACACUAGUAGCUUUUGUGAACUCCCCAGAAGGCAACAAAGCUUUCCUCGAGCUGGAUGAUUGGACCCCUUUGAUCGAGAACGCGCCAAAUCAGGAUUUGGUCCACUUAGUCUUCACCCUAUCAUGGCUGUCAGUCCCCCAGGGGCAUCAAACCGCCGUGAGGGGCAAGAUCGACGAAGCCCUGUCAGGUCUGGUCGCAGCGUUCAAAGGGCAAGACGCCAUACCCUUGAUGGAACGAUUAGGCCAGACCCUAGGACUUCUUCCCAGAGAUUGCGUUCCACAGGACCCAAGCUGGCUCAAGCCUUUGGUGCAGUUCAUCCACGACGCCGCAUUCAACAAGCGCAUCACCCCGGAAGGUCGCCACGCGUACACAUGCUGUGCCACAGCACUUCUAAUGACCUACGGAGAACGCACAUGCUCCAUGUUAUUCACACGGGAGAAAUACCUAUUCAUCAGCCUGGUCCUCGUCGAUAUACGAGCCAGCAUGCCGUCGUUGCUCAGCAAACGCGGAACCCCUGGAUACGAACCAGCUUCCAGCCGAGUAACCUUCGACUUGGUGAUUAUGAGUGAGUUCAUCAAGUAUCUCCUCGACCAAGCCGACAAGGACGAACCGAUAUUUCAAUUAUCGGCAGACCAAGUCCUGGAGUUCCGCAAGUCGGCAAUGGAGACACUGUAUAAUGUCGUCGAGUACCUCGGCGAUUACUGGGACGCUAUAGAGGCGGAACGGGCUGGAGGAUCGGAGGUGUCAUCGGCAUCACGGAUCAAGGGGGAAAUAGCACCUGAAGAUGGCAAGAUGGACACGUCAUUCGUGGUUGCCGCCUUGGGGGUUCUGAGUGUAUGGUUGCCGGAGGACGACAGCACUGAGCUGAGGGAAAAAGUGGAUGCUUUGCCUACUGACUUGUUUCUAGAACUGUAUCAGAUACCGCGGUAUCAGGAUCUGGUUCUAAAUGUCAUUGAUCUUAAAGUAGAUGAUGAUGGGUCUCCAUUGGCGACUCGGAGAAAGGCUGGAAGUGGUUCGCGCACCCACGAAGUUAUUGCGGAUAAGUAAUCUGGCUUAUGAGAGCAAGCAUGGACUCAAAAAUAAGGAGUUACGGGGCUCUAGGAUUCAAAGCUAGCAUUGAUCUUGAUUUGUAGUCACACAAAUAUGACCAAUUACUCGUACUUGAAGGGGCUCCACUGGGCUUCGGCUUAGGGCCAAGAGAUGUUGGAGCAGAGGAUUCCAUGUAUCGCACAUACGAGAUAUAUCUGAAAGAGGUCGACCAAUGAGUUUAUGGAGCUACACCUAAUGUCACGCUGAAUAAACCAGCUACUCGG